AUGUCGAGAAGUAGAAAAUCAACUGCUGCAGAAGCAAAGCUAAAGAAAAAGGAGUAUGACAGAAAGCGAAGAGAAAAAUUAAAAAAUUGUCCUGAAAGUUUGGAAAAACUUAGAGAGAAAGAAAGACUCAAGUAUUUAAAGAAGAAGGAAAAAGGUCAGGUCAAGUCUGUAAGUGCUAUGAGUUCAAGAGAAAGAAGGCAGAAACAGAAACAAUGGCGAUUAAACAGUUCAAAAUACAGGGAGAAGAAUCAAAAUGUGCGUAAAAAUCUAGAAAGGAUUCAUCAACCUGCCAGCCCAGUUUCAUCAGCAAAACCUAGUUCACGAGUAAAUGCUGCUAAGAACGAAACUGUUGCUUCACGGCGAAGGCGACAACUAAGAAAUCGACGAGCAAUAUUGUAUGGAAGAAUAGCAAAGUUAGAAAAAAAUUUAAAAGAAGAGGGUAGGAAGAGCGAAAAAUAUAGAAAAAAGUACACACGGUUAAAUAACCGAAUAAACAUAUCUUCACUUGAGGCAAAGGUCAAAACCCUGAUAAAGAAUACAAAGUUACCCGAGACAGUUAAAAAAAAACUUAUAUUUUCUGAAAUCAUCACUAAACAAUUAGCACAAUCUUAUGCAAACCUAAAGACUCAAAAAAAUAAACAAGCAUACUAUAAAAAUUUUAAUUUAGAUCCUUUAAAAAAACACAAACUUAUGCAUUAUUCUAAAACCUUUUUCAAAAAUCAAAAUUACAAAACAGGUAGAAACAAAAAACUUAAAUCAAAAAUUUUAAAAGUGAAACACGAUAUUAUCGAUUUCUUGGAGAAAGAUAAAAACUCUCGAAUGUGUCCGGGAAAGAGGGAUUUUGUUAGAUCUGGAAAAUUACUAAAACAAAAGCGUCUGUUAACUGAUAAUAUGCGGAAUUUGCAUAAAAAAUUUUUAAACUCUGUUACUUACAAAAUAAGUUUGUCAACAUUUUGUAAGUACAGGCCUUUUUGGGUAACUUGGGCAAACCUUAAAGAACGAGAUACGUGUAAAUGCGUCGUUCACGCAAACAUAGAACUAAUCAUAUCAAAAUUACAUGAAAAUAAAGUCAUCUUACAUAAUAAUAUUCCAAGUUUGUUAUCUGAUAUAACAUGUGAUAUUUACUGUACUAAAUGUUUAUUUAGAGAAUGUAUAAAUUGUAGAGACAAGGCUCUAGAAUACAACCUUUCCCAAGCUACUAAAACUGUUACCUACCGACAAUGGAUGUACGAAAAUUCAACGUAUGAAAAAAAUGGAGAGACAAAAACAGUGCGUAAACCUUUGAAGAAGGAAAUAACUGUUACUUUGAAGGAACUUGUUUUAGUAUUAGAAGAGACAUUAAAAUCAUUCUUACUACAUGCAGGAAAUAUUGCACACCAGUAUCAAAUGAUGACACAGUUAAAAAAAAAUUUAUCAACAAAUGAAGUGCUCAUCCACAUUGAUUUUAGUGAGAAUUAUUGUUGCAAAUACAGGGAAGAAAUUCAAGCAGUUCACUUUGGUGGUGGUCGGCAGCAAGUUACGCUCCAUACUGGCGUGUUAUAUUUGAAAAAUCCUGAUGAUACUAUAAAAACACAAUCUUUCUGUACUCUCUCUGAUAAUAGUCGACAUGACUCAAUAGCAGUGUGGGCUCAUCUUAAACCAAUAUUCAAUUGGCUUAAAAAUCAAAGACCGAACAUCCAUACUGUUCACAUUCUAAGUGACAGCCCAGUGAACCAGUACAAAAACAAAUUUGUUUUUCACAUUGUUUCUCAUCAUUUGAAAUAUUUUUUACCAGGUAUAAACAAUUUUACUUGGAACUAUUCUGAGCCUGGUCAUGGCAAAGGAGCACCAGAUGGUGUUGGUGGCACCUUAAAGAGGUCUGCCGACCAAGCCGUGGCUGAAGGGAAAGAUGUGACAGAUUUAAAUGUGUUUAAAAAUAUUCUGAGUUCAAAGUGUCCCUCAAUAAUGCUUAUUGAGGUAAGUACAACGGAAAUCAAUAAUACGGAUAACUUGAUCAAAAAAUCUAAGUCUAUUUCAACUUUUCCUGGCACUCAAAAAAUCAGACAAUUUGUGUUCUCAAAUGAUGUGCUUGAAUUUAGAACUCUAUCUUGUUUUGACUGCGUUGGAAAAUGCCAACAUUUUCAUCUUGGUUACUACAAAACUUUUGAAGUAUCGGAUAAGGACACACCUGCAGUAUCAACACGACGUAAAAGAAAAGAAGCUAAUAAAGUAGAAAGUAAUGUGGAGAUAUCGAAGAUUACUCCUUCUGAAAAAAAUGCCUAUGGAUAUAAAGUUAGUGAUCAUGUCCUAAUAACAUGGAAUAACGAAGUCUAUCCUGGUAAAAUUCUUUCAUUAUCUGAUGAUGGGGCUUUAGUUCGGUGUAUGAAAAAAGGAUCAAAAUGCUGGAAAUGGCCGACAGUUAAAGAUGAAGAACUUUAUGCUUGGGCUGACCUUCUUCAAAUAAUUAAACCCCCAAAGUUACUCAGUCGAGGUUGUUAUUUCGUUAAAGAAGUCGAUGAAAAAAAAUAA